UCACAAGCUAAGCCACACUAUCCAAGCCGCCUCAUCUAAUCACCAUUGGCUAGACUGGUGUCAGUGUGCUUAUAAAUAGAUCGCAUCAACUCUUGUUUUCUUCAUUCGCCAAACAUUCCAGAUUGUCACCAAAAAAAAAACUCUAAGAACACUAUGAAUCCUACGUUUUACUUAGUUCUUGCCUUAACCGUAGUUUUGGCCACAAAAACCUAUGGUGAGGUUCUUGACAUGGACGGUGACAUCAUAUUCCGCGGUAGUUACUAUGUUCUCCCCGUCAUCCGCGGCCGAGGUGGAGGCGUGACUCUACAGGGCCGAGGUGGGGAGCUAUGUCCUUUCGACAUCGCACAGGAAUCAUCUGUGUUCGACCUAGGUAUUCCCGUGAAAUUCUCAAACUGGAGACCUAGAGUUGCGUUUGUCCCCGAAUCACAAGACCUUAACAUCGAGAUGGACGUUGAAGUAACCAUCUGCAUCCAAUCAACGUAUUGGCGAGUGGGUGACUUUGAUGAGGAGAGGAAGCAGUAUUUCGUGGUGGCAGGUUCUAACACAGACGGAUCCGGACAAGACUCACCGAAGAGUUUCUUCCAGAUAAAAAAAUCAGGAAAUAAUUACAAGUUUGUGUUCUGUCCUCCGGCUUGUGACUCUGGCCGUCCGAGAUGCAGGAAUGUCGGAAUAUUCGUGGAUGAAUUAGGCGUUAGACGUUUGGCUUUAAGCACUAACCCGUUCUUGGUUAUGUUCAAGAAGGCUAAUGUUACUGAGAGUUCGUCCAAGACUAUGUAAGACUUGUGAUAGGACCAAGCAGACUCGAUCUUACUUUAUGCUUACAAUAAGACCUCUAUGUGUGUUCUUUCGCUGUUUUCCUUUGAAAAUUACAUAUUGAAUAAAACAUAUAAUCUAUUAUCCGUUUGUGAUUUCAAUUAGCUUAAUAUUUACAUGUUCAGGGAGUUGAUGUUUCUAAAUAUAAUCAAUUUGAUGCU